AUGGUACCGAAUUUGAGAACAAUUUCACUGGUAGCUGACAUUACGAAGCGUUUCGAUCACUUAAACACAACCAGGAAAGAAGGUGGUGGAAGGAAAUUUCGAAAUAUGCUCAAUGCUGUGAAGUCGCAUAUUAUACUUCUGGACGCUCGUUUGAAAAGAGACGAAUGCGCGGAUGGUCCAUGCGUGAACGGCGGAACGUGUAUCGAUCUUUACAACAAGUUCAUUUGCAUUUGCCCCUCAUUGUAUGAAGGCGAAACUUGCGAAAAACGUGUUGAUGAAUGCAGCCUAUAUCAAGGAACACCCGCUGGAUGCCAGAAUAAUGCAACUUGCAUUCCAAGGACAACCGGAUUUCAUUGUGAGUGCCCACAAGGCUUCCAUGGGACCCACUGUCAACUACGAGCCACAGCCUGUGAAUUUUCAUUGGAUUUAUGUGGUCAAGCUGGACAUUGUAUUCCCACGCAACCACCUCCAGGAUCUAAUGAACCGGGCUAUCGUUGCCUAUGUGAGUGGGGUUAUCGUUCUUCAGCUGAUAAGAAUAAUCCAGUUUGUGAGGACGUGAAUGAGUGCGAAUCAAGUCCUUGUUAUCCUGGAUCAACUUGCAUCAACCUGCCAGGUUCCUUCAAAUGUGCUGGAUGUCCUGCAGGAAUGACUGGUUGUUACGAAACCUGCUCAAAGGAUCCACCUGUGAAAUGUAUUAACACUAUUGGAUCAUAUGAAUGUGAAUCUUGUCCUGCAGGUUACAAAGGUAAUGGCCGUAUUUGCAAAAAGCAGAAUCCAUGCGAUUUAUCACCGUGUCACGUACAAGCAAAGUGUUAUAACAUGGGGAUAAGUUCGUUGAAUGAGGAGGGUUUUCGAUGUGAAUGUCCCCCGGGAAUGAUUGGAGAUGGUAUUGGUGUUGAUGGCUGUUACUACUCCAAUACUAGCCUUUGCCUUGGUGAUAUAUGUCAUAAUCACGGAACAUGUCAGGUGCUCUCAGAUAGAGAAUACAAAUGUCACUGUCGAUGGGGUUACGUUGGGAGGCACUGCGAAUUGCCUACAGCCUGUUUAAGCAAUGUAUGUCGUGGUCGAGGUGAUUGUUUGGUGCAACAAGACGGUUCAUUUAAAUGUAUAUGUCUGAGAGGUUACUAUGGUCCGACUUGCGAAUAUGAACAAGAUGGUUGCGGAGGACAUGUAUCAAAUUCAACAGGUUCGAUCAAGUACCCUGACUGGACAUGGUAUCAUUUUAGUAGGAACAAAACUUGCGAAUGGAUCAUUUCUGUAGAUGAACCAAGUAAAGUGAUUGAGAUAAACUUUACCAAUUUCCACUUACCUACACGAGUGGCAACUUGUUCUGCAGCUGAUGCAAAUGUUACUUUACGUGACGGACCAUAUGCAAAUAGCCCAUUAGUAGGAGUAUUUUGUGGCUCACGAGGAUCUGCGACUGUUCCUGUGUCUCGUCCAAUUUAUUUUUCGUCCAACAAAGCUUAUAUUGGAUUCGUUUCUGCAAAAACUAGCAUUGGAAUUGGCAAUUUCGCACUGCGAUGGCGUGUUAUUGAAAAAAAAUGUGGUGGACGGAUUUACGGUGAUAAAGGAGAGAUAUCAUUGCAUGGCUAUGAAAAAGACAAAAUAUGCCAGUGGCACAUCUCAGUCAAUCCUGAAAUGCACAUAGAAAUCACUGUGGAACCAAUUAAAUUUGCUACAGGGGAAAUCAGAAAUUGCUCACUGAACUCACUAGAAUUAUUUGAUGGCUUAGAAAUCGACGAGACAGAGCGUAUAUUACAUUUAUGCAGCAGUGAAUCAACAAGGACUUUGGUACGCACAACACUGCCUUAUUUUACAGUUUACUUCAAGAGUAAUUAUCCAUCUGACCUUCCAACGGAAAAUUGUGAUGGUGAUCCUAUUUGCAGUCGGGGUUUUACAAUUCGUUACAGAACGAUCAAGCUCGAUAAGGAUUGUGGUGGAACAAUUUUACCCGAUGCGGCCGGCGUUUUUGACGGUUAUAUUCAAUCUCCUAAUUACGGUUUCAACUACUUUCCAAAUUUAGAUUGUUUGUGGUUGCUCGAUGCAUCCGCCAUUGCUCACGGUGAUGAUGCAAUGGUGAUAAAAGCUGAAGUCAUUGAUUUGGAUAUACCUUCAGAGCCACCAAAAUCAAGCCAAAAAGUGUCAUCUCAUUAUCGUUCAUCGAAUGUAUACACUAUACGUCCACUGCAGCGUCUGUUAACUUUUACAAGAUCAUGUCGCUUCGAUUACAUCAUUUUUAAAGAUGGCGGCGAUGCGUCACAGCCUAUACUGGGAAAAUACUGUAACAGCAAACAACCUCAAGGUGCCAUCGUCUCUUCAACUCCAAAGAUGGUAGUGCAGUUCCAUUCCAAUCAGUCUGUCAACGGAAAAGGCUUUAGAAUCCACUAUUCAACUGUAUGUGAGAAACAUUUCACAUCUGCAAAAGGAUUCAUUCGCAGUUCUAAUUAUCCCAAUGGUAGUGCAGAAGCAUUCAAAUGUACAUAUAUCAUAGAUGCCGAAAAGACAAAAGCGAUAAAGUUGAAAUUCGAUUUCAUAGGAUUGAAUACCGAUAUCAAAACCUGCUUCUAUGAUGUUGCUAAGCAUGAUUCCAUCGAAGACUACGUCGAAUUCUCAGGUGGUCAUGAAUCUCAUUAUCAAAUUAAUAAGCGGUACAUUUGCGCUCGCUAUCCAUUUGUUGCACCCGAAGGAGAAAUGGUAACAAGCGCUUCGAAGCCUCUAAAAAUCACAUUAAGUUCGAGUGGUAUUGAAAAUAAAGGCAUUCUAUUUUCAUACGAACGAUUUGAUGUUGGAUGUGGUGGAAUAUUUGAGGGUGAAUCUGGUAGAAUAACAAGUCCUAAUUAUCCGGACAAGUAUCUUGCACACAUGUAUUGCAUAUAUGUCAUUAAUGCAUCGGGUAAACGGAUUAAAUUGACAUUCGAAGUAUUCGAAUUGGAGGUUGUUCCGAAUCGAGAAGAUUGCUCCUAUGAUAAUGUUGAAAUCUAUGAUACUUACGUAAGCGAUGAUGAGUACACAAAAUUUCAUGGAAAGUUUUGCGGUACAUUGCUUCCACCUCCAGUUUUAUCCACUGGGAGUCAAUUAACUGUCGUUUUCAAAAGUGAUCGUUCAGUGAAUGGUGCUGGUUUUGUUGCUAAAUGGGAAGUUGUUGAUGAUAAGCUUGAAUGCCAUAAAACGUACACAGCUUCCAGUGGUAUUAUUGAGAUUCGUCCUAAAACUGAAUUAAACAUUGCUCAAUGUGACUACCAAAUUGCAUUGCAGUCCUCGAAACGAAUACUACUUCGGUUCGAGAAUAUAUCAAUUCCUUGUGAGCAAGGAACACUUAUGUUGAGGAAUGGAGUGAAUGAUCAGUCACCUGGUUUUGGAGGACUCUAUCGGGAUUCAGAAGUAUGUAACGACCAUCCUGUGAAAGAAUUACGUUCACAAGGCAACCGUGUUUUCAUGCGUCUUAAGACAAGCAAUGCUCCUUCGGUGCAGUUCAUAAUUUAUUAUGAACAAAUAGAUUCAGAUUGUGGAGGACGUUUGGUCGGAUUCAAUGGCGCCUUAUCAGCUCCUCAGUAUCCUUUGAAGGAUUCACGAACUUUAAAUUGCGACUGGCACAUUUAUGUCGCCGAAGGUAACCGAGUUCGUUUCACGAUUACAAAUCUUGAUGAUUUGAAUUCAGCCGAUUCUAAUGGUUUCUGCUCUUCGUUCGCUCCCAAUUACAUCGAUGUAGCCGAGGGUUCAUCACUAUCAUCACGCAUACUCAGACGUUAUUGCAAGAAGGAAAUUUCGUUAUCGUCGAUUGAUUCUGAAACAAAUGAACUAACGGUUCGAUAUCGUCAACAUGGUGGGACUCCUUUCGGCUCAAUUUUUGGAUUUCUCGCUCAUUAUACCACAGUAUGCAAUGAAAUCUUGUUGUAUGGACAUCACGGUAUUCUGCAAAGUCCAGGCUAUCCAGAUCGGACUUUGGAAAAUCGUUUUUGUAAGUGGCGUAUACAAACGACGGAAGGAAAUCGUUUGCGAUUAAUAUUCCACAUGUUUAGGAUUGUAGAAUCAAAUUCUCGCCUAGCACCUGCUUGUCUUAUCAAUUAUCUUGAGUUUGGAGAACAUCAAAUACUAACGUCUUCAGUUACAAUAGAAGAUCAGCAAAAUGAAACAGAAGCAGCCAGGAAAUUCUGUGAUCGUUUUGGUAAACCAGUUUGGAUUGUGACGAGAACUGAAUUCAUUGACAUAACAUUUUCUUCAAAAAACGAACCCGAGAAUCAUUUCUGGCUCUCAUGGUCUAAUGAAGGAUGUGGCGGUGACCUCACAUCACCUACUACAGUAGCUGUUCACGUGGAUCAGUUUCUGAAUGAUUCAAAAAAUUACGAAUGCACGUGGAAAAUAAUUGCUCCUGUUGGGAUGCGAGUAUUGUUUCAAAUCGAUAGACUGUCAAUAUUUCAAAUAACUGAAGGUUGUGUCGCGGAAGAUAGCGAGCAGUUCAAUGGUUUGGCUUUUUAUUCGGGCAGAAGCAAUAGAACGGGAUUUGCUCAAAGAGUUAUUUGUUCGAGUGUGCAAGAUUUCAACUAUUCGUCUCAUACAAAUGAAUUAUUUGUAAAAUUCAGAAUUCCCAAUAAAUCAGCUAAACCAGACAUGGAAAAACGUAUUCUCACAGGAAAAGUGCUAUUCGUAUCUGCAAAAGCAAAUGACGAAUGUGGAGCUGUAGUGGAAAUCAGUCAAGGUGAGAAGUUGCUGUUGCAUUCUCCAAACUUCCCAAAACUUUAUCCGAAAUCAGUUGAAUGCAUUUGGUUAAUUAAAGCGCCAAGUGGAUAUUCAAUUCAGUUUAAUUUGACUCACUUCAAAACCUUAAGUUAUCAUCCUCAACGAACAAACAUGAAAAUAUGGCGUUCUAAUUUAGUGCCUAAUAUUACAAGCGGAGAAAUUUUAGAACGUUUUUGCCAUGAUUUGCAACAAACAACAGUCGUUCGAUCUACUACUGAACAAGCAUUAGUCACAUUCCAAGGUAGCCCAUAUGAGCGAACGUAUUUGUCCGGGGAUGACGAACGUACCCAUGAUAUUGGAUUCCUACUGUAUAUAUCUUUGGUAUGUGGGGGCACACUAUACGCUGGAGAUGAACUUAAAACGUUUCAGUUCUAUGUAGAAAGAGAAGAUAAGUGCAAGUUCCUGAUCAGAGCUCCAGAUGGCCAGCACGUGUAUUUGCGUAUCGAUCGUUUACGUUUUAAAGAACGUAAAGCAUCAAGAGGGCGUAAGAAAACUGGUGCUACAAUUGCUAUUUAUGACGGUGCGCAGGAAGAUGCACCUUCUCUUGGAAUAUAUCAUAUUGAAUGCCAUCCGUCAAUAGAAAAAAUGACACGUACAUGUUCAAAUCGAGAAUUACGCUCAACAGGCAAUGUUCUCAGCGUGCACUUAAUGGAGCUUAAUUCUUUGCAUUUAGAGCAUAUUUACUUUUCAUAUUCAACUCGAAUUGAAAGUUGUGGUGGUACCAUUCAUUCCAUCGGUGGAACCAUAUAUUAUCCUUUUAUUGAAAACGACUUUGAAUGCGAGUGGGUUAUCAGAAAUACAGAAGGAAAUAAAGUGGAAUUAGAAAUCUUUUCUUUGAAGUUACCAUUUUCGGAAUAUUGUGCAGAAUCAUAUCUGGAGAUUCGAGAAAACAAUAGUAGUGGAAAAAUUGCGAUGAGAGCAUGUUCUUUCGAAGAUGUUGUGCCAACCGUAACUAGUCAAAUAUUCUGGAUUAAGUUAAGAUAUAUUGAUGGCGGAGAUGAUCAUAGUGAUAUUGAAUCAUUCAAGCCCGAAUUAAUGAUCAAAUUCAGGAAAGUUUUUGGUGGAGUAGCAAAUAGCGCAGUUAUUAGUUCGCCGUCAGCCGACGACUGGAAAUUGUUCGAAAACAAACCAAUUGAGUGGAAUUUAAUUGGUCAGGUUGAUCACUGGCUAAAAAUCUCGAUAAAAGUUAUCGAAAUACCUGAUGAACAAGAGGAAAAUAUUGACCCAGACCAGAGAGACAUGUUGAAAGGAUUGAUUUUUAACGAGGGAAUUUGCAUGUUAAAUGAUAAAAGUGAUGGUUGCGGUAGAGUGGAAUUUGUCUAUACAGGGUACAUACCCCCAAAUGACUUCAUCAUUAAAUCACACUUAGCUACAGUUUUGUUCCACGCACAACCAGGAAGUUCGUUUCGGUUAUUCUGGGAAAGCAUUCCAAUAGCUUUAGCUAAUGCUUCAGUCCAGACAAAUGAAAUGACUUCCGAAAAUUUGAUGCCAGAUUUUAAUUGUGGUAAAACACUUACGGCAAAUUUUGAAUCUCAAUAUCUCACGAAUCCAGGCGGUAUAUCGGCAGAUGGCAAAUUCACUACUGUGGCUUCACAAACCUCAACUACAAAAUCAUGGCGAUCUAAUUACAUGUAUCGGUUAUCAGCAUGGUACGGAGGGUACGCAAAUGAGCUCAAGUGUAGGUGGACAAUUGUUCGACCAAUGUUUGCAGGAAUAGCACUGAAAAUAAUUUCGAUGGAUCUUGAGGAGCACAUUGAUUGUCGUUUUGAUUAUGUUGCUAUUUCAUCUGAUACAAGUGGUGUUACUUAUGAAAAUGGACAGUUGGUAGGCAAUGUUAUGAAGUUUUGUAAGCAUAAGGAUGUGGGAACAGAAGAAUUGUUUAGCUCGGAUGAGAUAGUAUCAGUUUAUUUCAUGACUGAUCGUAAUAGAGCCGGAAGAGGUUUCGUCAUUGAAUAUAAACUUGUUUGCGUGUCAUUCAAUUACAUUUCGGCAUCUUUGGGUAUUUUUAAUCGAACUCUAUACAGUCCGAAUUAUCCAAGUGAUUACAAAAACAAUUUAACGUGUUCAUGGUCAGUUCUGCUAGAAAGUAGCAGACCACUUCUAGUUAAAUUUCUCUCUAUGGACAUUGAGGAAAGCCUAGCAUGUACCAAAGAUAGUAUUACUUUGCAGUCCAAUCCCACUCAUUCAGAUGGAACUGUUAUCGAUAAAUUAUGCGGUAAACUUUCUGGAUGGAAUAAAACUUUCUCAGACGGACGAGUCUUCAUAAGUUUUGUAACUGACUUAGAGGGAUUUGCGCUUCAAUUAACCGAACAAGUGCAUGACUGUAGUUCUGAUCAACUUGUUUUGACCGAAGGAGAUGCAGCACAAGUGCUCAGUUCACCUGACUUCCCCAAAAUGUCACCAAAUUCCUUGGAUUGCGUGUGGACAAUCAGUGCACCUGGUGGGCAUCGUAUAAAGUUUACUGUUGAUCCAGUCAGUUUUGAUCUUGAAGACAAUUCAAUGGAAAAUGCAUGUACGGGUGAUUUUCUUGAGAUUCGUGAUGGACCUUCAAGAUUAUCCCCAUUGAUUGGGAGAUAUUGUGGUACCAAACCACCAAGCUCCAUAUUUUCGACUGGGUCGUAUUUAAACAUUCGUUACCAAACAGACUCCUUCGUUCAAUCAUCGGGAUGGAAUGCUACAUAUGAAAUCGCAUCUUGUGGAGGUAGUGUUGUUAUUCCUAUAAAUGGAAGUACUGUAAUUAGAAGUCCAAAUUAUCCUGAACCUUAUCCGAAUCAAGUUUCUUGUGAUUGGACUGUAAUGGCAACUCGAGGUCACUACGUAAAUGCAACAUUUGAUCAUUUAUGGAUUUCAUUCACAGAAAAUUGUACUGAGGACUUUAUCACUUUACGAGAACGUAACGAUAAAGGAGAAUAUAUUUCGGAACCAGUAUGUAUAUCAAAUCAAGUUCGUGGAAAGCAUUUUACAACAGCUCAGAAUGUCAUGCAUGUAAAAUUUCGAGCAAACAAUACAAUUAGUCGAUCAAGUCGUUUAUUUUGUCUUGAGGGGAAAUGUGGUUUCCAGCUUGAUUUAGUUUCCAGCAAACUUGAAUGUGGAGGAGAUAUUAAUGAUGAUUAUGGACGAAUUACUGUGCCUGGAUAUCCAAAUCAGCUUCAAACACAUAUUAUAUGUGAUUGGACAUUUCGUGCAGGAAUCGGCUAUCGUUAUGUUUUCGAUUUUUCAUUUGUCAAGCAAGAGACGAGAAAUUGGUAUCAGCUCGAGUUUGAUUUUGAUAAACAGGAACAUCAUAAUCACAGAUUGUUACAGAAUUUUUAUUUGAACACUUAUAACGAGGUUGGAUGUUAUCCUGAUAUUUAUUUUGCUAAUGGCAUAAAUACUUUGAUGGAUUCUUACAAUUUUCACCACACUUUUUGUUCUAAUGCAACGCGAUUCAUAUCAACGGCAGAUUUUGUUGUAAUACGUUACGACGACCAUAUUGCUAUGUUUGAAAAGCGAAAUAUGCUUGAACGUGGAGUACCGUCAGAAAAAAUCUAUGCGCCAUUCCGUAUUGACUACUUUAAAGUACCUGCUGAAUUCGAUGGGAACGGAUGCAUGUAUCAUGUGAAAAAAAAUAAAACGAUUGAAUUCAAGGGCCAGAACUUUACAGAAAAUCUUCCCGCACUAUUAUCUAGAAUUGAUUAUUGUCACUUAUUAAUCGAACGACCAUUCCCGUCUGGUACUACUGUACUGCGUUUCAAAAAUUUCUCGUCACCUGAAAGUACUUUUAGGAACCCAAACCGACAGUGUUUGGAUACCGACAGUUAUGUUUCUCUCACAGCUUCUGGAAAUGAACCAUGGCCUCUAGAAGCGCGAUUUUGUGAUGGAUCACUUAAAAAAGCGAAUAAUUUUACUGUUGCAUUACCACAAAAAAUUUUUGACAUCCAUGUAUUCCAACAAUUGCAUUUUUCAUCCAUCUCAUUUAAUUUGUCCAUCCAGUUUUUGCCUUGUGGCGGUUUUAUCCAAGGACCGGAACCAGGCGUUUUAACAAGUCCUGGUUUUACCGAUCUUAACAGUACUUACGAACCUGGUAUGCAAUGUGUUUGGAGCUUGAAAGCUCCUGUAGGUCGAAUUGUCAAGAUUAAGAUAACAGAUAUGGACUUGGAAUAUAACGUGGAAUGUAAGCACGAUUUUUUGAAAGUGUUCGAAGGAGGAGGUACUGAUGCAUCAUUAGUGCAUAUAUAUUGCAACAAUCCACAAGAUGAACCUGUCCAAGAACGAUUUAGGGAAGUAAAAUCGAGAGGACGAUACUUGACACUUUACUUUUACACGGACAAGUCGAUUGAACGCAAAGGCUUCCGUCUAGAAUAUAGUUUUGCUGGUUUUGAAGACGAAUGUGGAUUCACAACUAAUCGUUUAACGGGUACAAUAGUGAGUCCGAAAAACCCUUUUGAUUAUCCAAAUAAUGUCCACUGCUGGUGGGAUAUUGCUGUUCCUCUUGGAUAUCAUGUUGUCCUUGUAUUUAACCAUUUUGAUGUGCAGAAAUCAAAUGACUGCAGCAGGGAUUACCUAAAAAUCAGUCAAGAACAUCAGUCAAGAGCUAUGGCACCUGUAGGUGGUUAUUAUUUUCUCUUUGAUCAUGAAGAGGAAUUGAUGAAGAUUUGUGGAUAUGAUACACCACCUAUUUUUCACUCAGAGAGUAAUCGUGUUAAAAUCGAAUUCAAGUCAGAUGAAAAAAUAACAGGAAAAGGAUUCAACAUAACAUGGAAAUCAGGAUGUGGUACUACAUACCGUUUGAAUCAUGGUGUUGUAACAUCUCCUCAUUACCCACGUUUCUAUCCCAAUGAGGACAUGGAAUGCAAAUAUUUGAUAGAUCCUGAUUAUGAUGGGACACUCAUAAUUACAUUAAGGAUACUUGAUCUCGAACUUGAUCCUUUCAUUUCGAAUUAUAUCCGAAAACCUUGCAAUACGGAUUUCUUAGAGCUAAAGGAUAUUUCAAAGAAGCGUAUUAUUGGUACAUUUUGUGCGAAUAAUGCGAUCAAUAAACAAUUAGCACCCAUUUCUGUGAAGGGACCAAUCGGUAUACGUUUUGUUUCGAAUGUAUCGUUUACAGAAGAUCUUAUCAAUCGCCGCAAGCACUAUCGUGGAUUUAAAAUAUCGUAUGCAUUAUCAAAAUGUGGUGGUGAGUUGAGUUUGAAAGAAGAUAAAGGAUUUAUGUCAUCUGUGAUUUCAUCUCCCGGCUUUCCUCUUCCCUAUCAUCACAAUCUCGAUUGUGUUUGGAACAUAUCAUCAUCUGAAAAGCGAAUCAUUAGCAUCAAAUUCACAGAUUUGGAUUUGGAAGAAGCACCUGAUUGCGUUUUCGAUUUUAUUGAACUUUUUGAUAGUUCACAAAUGAAUAAUGUCAGCAGCAUGGGCAAAUUCUGUGGCUCCACUGUUCCAUUGAAUCAGAUGUUAACAACUGGAAGAUUUUUGGUCAUCAGAUUUCAUUCCGAUAGAAGUGCUUAUAGAGGAGGGUUUAGAAUGAUCAUAACUGCUUCUCUUGGUCCAGACAUGGGAUGUGGUGGUGAUAUUGUGAUUGAAAAUAGCUAUGAAUUGAAAACACCUCUGGAUCCGCAAACUGGUCUGUACUAUAACUUUUUACGCUGCGGUUGGACAUUGAAGGCUCCAGUAGGUAAAGUACUUAAAAUGGAGAUAACAGAGUUCGAAUUAGAAGCUCCAAAUGUGGAAAUCGGACGUUGCUAUGAUUAUGUUGCGAUUUAUGACGGAUAUAAAACUACAUCUCCUUUAUUGCUUUCCAAUACGUGCAGAAUUGUGGAAGAACUUCCAUUAGUCAUGCAAUCCUCAUAUCGUGCUGCAUACGUUUAUUUCGAAUCAGAUUCGAACAAAUCAUACAAAGGAUUUGUAAUAAAAUUAACGACUGUUACAGCACCUUGUGGAGGACGACAAAUAGCAACGAAUGAGCUUAAGGAAUUGCAAUACGAAAGUGAUAAAACUCUUACGCGAACAGCUCCAAAGCACCUGCGCUGUCGUUGGAUUAUUUAUUCAAAGGAACAAGUGCCAUUACGAAUCGACUUCAGUCAAUUCUCAUUUCCAUCUUUGUCAUCUGAUUGUUCUGAUGAGUACUUGGAAAUACGUGAUGCGGGCCUACCUGCAGAUUGUCAUCACCCUGCAUGUAAAACGGCCAGCGCAGCGUUACAAACUAUCCGAUUGUGUGGCAGUACUCUUCCUGCAGACUUUGUUUCAGGAACGAGUGUAGUUCAAAUAACAACAUCAGCUAUUCUGCAAACAUGUAAUCGGACGAUUAAUACAGAAAAUGCAAUGACCGGUCGUAUUACUAGCCCGAAUUAUCCAAAUCCUUACGAUCACAACAGCUCCUGCAUCACAACUUUCAAAGCUCGAGAAGGAUAUCACAUAUUAUUAGUGUUCAAAGACUUUCGACUAGAAAAAAUGCGCCGACUACUGUAUGGUCCAUACUCCCUUUCCAUCAGAGAAAUGUUUACUGGUAGGCGCAAUUUCGAUCGAUUCCCAAAUGGUCUAUUAAGCAAUGGAAUUUGUGAAUAUGAUUAUGUUGAAAUAUCAGGUUCAUCGGAAAACCAAACAGAACGAUUUUGCGACUUCAAAUUACCACCAAGUGUUUUCAGUUCUGAAAAUAAAUUAGAUAUUUCCUUCAUCAGUGACGGUACUAUGGCUCCUGGAGGAUAUGAUGCAUACUAUUUUACUGUUCGGCCAUCAGAAUACCCAGCAUUCACUUACUAUGAUUUUGGUUCAAUAAGUGAGAUGCAAGGAGCAAUCACAAAUAUUGGUUAUCCUGGCUACAAAACUCAUCAAAAAAUGAGAUGGAGGAUUGACCCGCCAAAUGGGCAUAGAUGUAAAUUGAUACUUCUAAAAAUGGACUUUGGUAAAAAUGUAAAUGGUGAAUGCACUGAAGGUGAUUACAUGCUGAUGGGCCAGAUUAGUUCUGGAGAAACUGAGAACACUCAACUGAGUUACCUACCUUGCAGAAAUGCUAUAUCUUUGCCUAAGGAAAUUCCUAUAGAACCAGGUACUUCUAUUCUCCUUGAAUUCUACUGUGACGAUGACUUGCAAAACAACGGUGAAGGAUUCAGAAUUGAAUGGAAUUGUGAAAAUUAUUUCAUUGUGCAAGUGUAA